CCUGUGGUGCCAGAAUGCUGUCGCUUUCUGUGCCCCGAUGAAGCACAAACUCUGGACCCACAUGAAGGGUCAAGGGAGAUCCCAGACGCAGUACCUGUUUUCCCUCUCCUCCCCCUCAGUUCUUACCAGUUCUGGUCUGGAUUAGACUUCCUGAAGUUGGAUGAUGUAUCUUUUUCAGGAUACAAAGCUAAAUCUGUACCUGCUCUGCUCGCGCAGAUGGAAAGGACCAAUGGCUCCUUCCUCACAGACAGUAGCUCCACCACGGGAAGUGUAGAGGAUGAGCAUGCCCUUAUCCAGCAGUACUGUCAGACGCUGGGGGGAGAGUCGCCUGUGAGCCAGCCACAGAGUCCUGCUCAGAUACUCAAGUCAGUGGAAAAGGAAGAGCGAGGAGAGUUGGAACGCAUCAUUGCUGACCUCGAGGAAGAGCAAAGGAGUCUGCAGAUAGAAUAUGAGCAACUAAAGGAGCAACAUCUUCGAAGAGCGAUAAACCCUCUUGCAUCACCUCCUGACUCCGUUGUGUCACCUCAGCAUGCUUGUGAAGAUGCCGAGCUCAUUGCUGAAGCUAAACUCCUGAGGCAACAUAAAGGUCGCCUGGAAGCGAGGAUGCAAAUAUUGGAAGAUCACAAUAAACAAUUGGAGUCUCAGCUUCACCGGCUACGGCAGCUACUUGAGCAGCCUGAGUCGGACUCCCGGGUUAAUGGCGCCUCUCCCUGUGCUUCGCCCCAGCACUCUGCCCUCAGCUACCCACUCGAGCAAGAGACAAGCUCACAGUUUCAUCAGACAGAUGACUUGUUAGUUCCACCCCAUGAUACCAACACAGAUCUAACAGAUGUUAUGGAGCAAAUCAACAGCACAUUUCCAGCUUGCUGCU